AUGACCUCCUUAGUACCCUCUUCCCCCUGUAUACAGGGGGGCCCCCAGCCCCCCCCUGGUCUCCUUAAUCUAGGCAAGACUUGCUGCUUCAAUGUCUUGCUGCAGGCCCUUGCUGCUACCCGUACCUUUUCUACCCUUUAUGCCCCAUUAGGGGGGGCCCCAGGGGGCCCCCAUCAGGAUACACCCCAACAAGGGGGGCCCCAAGGAAAUAAUCAUGAAUAUUUACCCUUGAGGGGACCAAGAGAUGCCGUCAAUCCACAAGACACACCUAUAAACUUCCAGGUAUCACAAAUCCUGGCGGAGAUGACAAGAGAUACUUCUCUCCAGGAUUGCUGCAGCAGCAGCAACAGCAGCAGCAGCAGUACUAGCAGUACAACUGGUAGCAGCACGGACAACGGCAACUGCUGCAGCAACAGCAACAGCAGCAGCAGCAGCAGCAGCAGCACGAGCAGGGGUGGCAUAGGGGGACCGAGGCGCAGCAGCAGGUGUUUAAAAGGAAGGUCUCUACAAUCAGAGUCGUCGUCAGCAGCAGCUGCAGCAACAACAGCAGCAGCAGCAGCAGCGACAGCAGCAGCAGCAGCUGUACCCUUAUUAGGGGGCCCCAGAGGUAACAGGCGUUGCUGCCGGUCAUCUACAAAGGGGGCCCCCAUGGAUACCCAUGAAGAGGGUACAGUAGGGUGCAGCAGUAUGGGUCGUAUAUCUUCUUCUGCAGCAGCAGAUGCUGCUGCUGCUGCUGCUGCUGCUGCUGCUGCUGCUUGCUGCGGGGGCUCACAGAGGCCCCUUAAGAGGGUAAAAAGAGAGGAGAGACACCGCGUGCUAAACCCUUCUGCUUUUGUUAAACAAAUGCGACUCAUCAACUCCGAAUUCCAAGAAGGAAGGGAGCUUGACGUGGAGGAGAUAUGGCGAUUUAUGAUUGAGCAAAUUUUUGCUGAGCUGCAGCCAUUGCAGAAGCAAGAGUACAGCAGCAGCAGCAGCAGCAGCAGCAGCUGUAGCGCAGCAGCAGAAGGGUCAGCAGCAGCAGCAGCAGCAGCAGGUGUCAGCAGCAAUUUGCUGCCUACGUUAACUGUCUCCUCUUCUGCUGCUCCUAUUAAGGGAGGAGAAAGAAGGUCUCCUAUUAAGGGGGAGGAGGGGCAACUGUACCCUCUUGAGGCCCCUAUAAGGGGGCCCCCUAUAGGGGCCCCCUCCUCUGCAUGCAUGCGCAGCACAAGGUUACUUGAGGCAGCAGCAGCAGCAGGCACAAGACGCCGUCUACCCAAACGCAGCAGAAGAAGCAGCAACAGCAGCAGCAGCAGCAGCAGAAGCGGUGGGGGAAGAGGCAGCAGGGGGCCCCCAUGGAGGGGCCCCGAUGGCGAGGGUAUAUCUAAGAAGGGUAUAUUACCUUCGCAUGCAGCAGCAGCAGAUACAGCAGCAGCAGCAGCAACAGCUGCAACAGCUGCUGCUGCUGCUGCUGCUGCAGCAGCAGCAGGAGAAUAUUCUUCUCCCCUGCUGCUGUACGGAGACAAGGAGACACUAGGGGACGACAAGCUACUUACUGAAUUGUCUCCUAGUCCCUCCUCUCUCCGUGUCAGCAGCGCAGGCAGCAGCUGCAGCAGCAGCUGCAGCAACAGCAGACGCUGCAGCAGGUCCGCAUCUCUUAAUGCAGCAGCAGAUACACCAUCAGCAACAGCAGCAGCAGCUGCUGCUGCUGUUGCUGCUGCAGAGAGACAGGAAGCAGCAAAUCUCCUUGCAAGAAGAUUGCAUGAUGCACUAGCAGGAGAAUUGCUGCAUAUGGCUGUCCCUUGUUGCUGCUGCCCGCAGCAGCAGCAGCAGCAGCAGCAACGACAGCAGCAGCAGCAGCAGGUGGAGCCAUUUUGUGGUGUGCUGCCUCUAAGAAUGCCCGAAAGGAGUCGUUAUAUGGGCAGCAGGAGUAACAGCAGCAGCAGCAGCAGCAACAGCAGCAGCAGCAGCAGCAGCAGCAGCAGCAGCAGCAGCAAGCUGCCUCCUGUUACUCUAUCCGAGUGUCUCCGUCUUACGUUAACUCAUGAUUGUGAUUUGUCUCCUAAGGAGACGCAAGAUAAAAGGAGACAGUCUCCUCAUAAGGAGACAGCAGCAGCAGCAGCAGCAACAGCAGCAGCAGCAGCAACAGCAGCAGCAACAGCAACAGCAGCAAACUGUCCCCAAGAGCCUCUUGAAGAAACCUUAAGUAGUAGGGCAUUAAGAGCAAGGGCAAGGGCUGCUGCAGCAGCAGCAGCUGCUGCUGCUGCUGCUGGUGCUGAUUACAGUGCAGCACCUGAUGGUGCAGCAACAGCAGCACCAGACGCUGGUGCUGCUGCUGCUUCCAGUGCAGUAGCACCCGACGGUGCAGCAGCAGCAACAACAACAGCAGCAGCAGCAGCAGCAGCAGCAGCAGUUGCUGCUGCUGCUGCUGCACCAGAGCCUUACUGUAGGCGCUGCAAGGCCCCACACAGGAAGACGCUGCUGCAGCGGCUGCCUCCUCUGGUGCUGCUGCAGCUGCCACGUAGUACCCAUUCCCUUCGUAGCAGCAGCAGCAGCAACAGCAGCAGCAGCAGCAGCAGGGCCUCCAGAGGGGGCAGUGUUAAGAUAAAGGCCCAUGUUGAUUUCCCUCUUGAACUCCAAAGCCUUCUUGUCCCGUAUUUGAAGGAUUCUGCAUGCAGCAGCAGCAGCAGCAACAACUGCAGCAGCAGCAGCAGCAGCAGCAGCAGCAGCAGCAGCAGAAGAGGCGCAGAGAAUGGAGGGUCUCGGCGUGGCGGUGGCUGCCGUGGUCAACGGGAGGGUACAGAGGGGGGCCCCUCAGGUGCUUCCUACUCUAUAUCCAAUAGUUCCCCAGGGGGCCCCGAUGCGGGGGCCCCUGGGGGCCCCGCUACAGGGGCCCCCCCUUAUGUAGGCAGCUAUGGACUUCGUGCAGUAAUAGAGCAUCAGGGGCGCUGCGGUGACGGCGGUCAUUAUGUUUGUUAUAGGAGAGGAGGUACUAGGGGCCCCUAUGGGGGGCCCCCUGUAGGUAGUACUCCUGGGGCCCCUGGGGGGGCCCCGACAGGGGGGCCCCCAGGGGGCCCCCCUGAAGAAUGUGAUGAUGAUGUAUGGUGGGUAGUUAAUGAUGUUUGUGUAUCAAGGAGCUCAUGGGAAGAAGUAAGGAGGACACAAGCCUACCUCCUCCUCUAUGAGCGUUCCUAUGACGAGCAGCAGCAGCAGCAGCAGCAGCAGCAGCAGCAGCAGCAGCAGCAGAAGCAGCAGCAAGAGCAGCAGCAGCAGCAGCAACAGGUAAAAGAGGUAGAGGGCAAGAAAAAAAAGGGUACUAAUAAAACCCUUAAUAGACCCCGCAGGAGGCCCGGGGCCCCCUCCUCAUAA